AUGGAGUCGACUAGGGCUGUCGGACCCCCUUUUCAGAAAGAAAAUGAACUUCUAAGCAGUCCCGUUUGUCUACCUGUCUACAUUCCGCGGAGGACUUCAGCCCUCUAUCCGGUGGAUGACCUGCGCACGUACCUGGAGCAAGAUCUGCAGACACCCCGUCUGGACAAAAUCCAUCGCCAUCUCUGGCUCGCAGGUCUUCCUAGGGCUGCACGGCCAUUGUAUCGACAAAGACUGCUUGAUCGCACAAUCAUAAUCACCGAAGAUCCGAACGAGCACCUUGUUUGGCAUGAGUCCCGUAUAUUCGUCAAACCGCUUCCGGAAUAUCUGAUUUCCUAUCAGUAUUGGGAGGACCAUCUUGAAAAGGAAUUUCAAGAUGAAUCUUUACGCAAAUCUGCUUAUGGGUUUCUCCUAUCUUAUAGCUGGCUUAUAUGUCAUAGAUCCGAUCUCACACUGGCGCAUUCCAGCGGUCUUUUGCCUGAAUCAAUCACUUGGGAGAAUUGGGUGAAAUUCCUGGCCGACUUUCUAAGUCAUGUUGAUAUAGACUCCCUUAGCAAUGUCUCCAUCCGGUACCAAUAUGGCGAGCUGCGUCUCUCAAGAUUGCACCGGAUAUACAGAUUUUCCCCUUCAGUCUUCUCCACGACGAAUUUUAUCAAGGGAUUCAAAUCUGAAUCGACAUGGUAUAGAGCCUUCUUCGCGCGCAAUUUCAGCUGGAUCUUUGCGGUUUUUGCGUACCUCACCGUUGGAUUAAGUGCGAUGCAGGUAGGGCUUGGGACACAAAAGUUACAGGAUAACCACGUCUUCCAGCAAGGGUCACAACGAUUCGCAGUGGCAAGCUUGAUUCUACUUGCUGCAAGUGUCGCUCUGAUCUUUAUCAUCUGGGUCUUUCUAUUCUGCUUUCAUUUCCUGUGGGCUAUGCAGAGUCUAAAGCGUCGAGCGCAUUAG